UAGUUAUUAGACCGGGAGGAAAGUAGGUCAUAGAGACUGUAUAAUGAUAUUGCCUACCGCCGUCUAUUCGCCUGAUCAUCAUACAUGCGCUUUUCUGCCUUCUUCACUCCAGUGCCUGUUUUGUGUAUUUCCGCAGAAGCCAGUGCUGUUUUUUGAGAUGCUGGCUAGUGAAUGCUUAGUGAAGACUGGAACUGAAGACAGGUAAGUACCCAAGGAAGUAGCAGGAUGAUAUAAUGGCAGACCAAAGAAUGGACAUCUCCUCCACGAUGAAUGAGUUCAUGUCUCCCAGUUCCACUGAUCUGAUCAGCAGCUCAACGGUCAUGGACUACACCCGCAAGAGGAAGGGCAGCAUCACCGACUAUCAAAUUGAUGGAUUUUCAUUUGAAUCUGAGACUUCAUGGAUGAGAUUCCUCAUCCCAAUCUCACAGUUUACACAAUCCGCUGAGAGUGAAUGGGACAGUAUGGACAUAGACAAGGACAAACAACAUGGAAGGUUCGAUCAGCAGAUUAAGAAUGCAAGGGAGGCUCACAGUCAGAUAGAAAAGAGACGAAGAGACAAGAUGAAUAUCUUUAUUGAUCAGCUGGCUUCAUUAGUGCCUACCUGCAAUGCCAUGUCCCGCAAGCUGGACAAACUCACGGUGCUGCGCAUGGCGGUCCAGCAUAUGAAAACACUUCGAGGUGCUGCAAACCCUUAUACUGAAGCUAACUACAAGCCAGCCUUCUUAUCAGAAGAUGAGCUGAAGCACUUAAUAUUAAGGGCUGCUGACGGUUUUCUGUUCAUUGUGGGCUGUGAUCGGGGAAAGAUCCUUUUUGUGUCAGAGUCUGUCUAUAAAAAUUUAAAUUACCGUCAGAAUGACCUGAUUGGCCAGAGUUUGUUUGAUUAUUUACAUCCUAAAGACAUUGCAAAAGUCAAAGAGCAGCUAUCAUCUUCCGACACAGCCCCACGUGAAAGACUCAUCGAUGCUAAAACUGGGCUCCCAGUAAGGACAGACAUUGCCCCUAGUCCCUCCAGACUGUGCUCGGGGGCCCGACGCUCCUUCUUCUGCAGAAUGAAGUGCAACAGACCCCUUGUCAAAAUGGAAGACAAAGAUUUCCCAUCAACUUGCUCCAAAAAGAAAGCCGAUCCCAAGAGCUUCUGCACCAUCCACAGCACUGGCUAUCUGAAGAGCUGGCCGCCCACAAAGAUGGGCUUAGAUGAAGACAAUGAGCCUGAUAAUGAAGGCUGUAAUCUCAGCUGCUUAGUGGCCAUUGGCCGAUUACAUCCUCAUAUUAUCCCACAACCCAUAAAUGCAGACAUCCGGGUGAAGCCCACAGAGUAUGUCUCACGCCAUGCCAUCGAUGGGAAGUUUGUCUUUGUGGACCAAAGGGCCACAGCCAUUCUAGCCUAUCUACCUCAAGAGCUGCUGGGCACGUCGUUCUAUGAGUAUUUCCAUCAGGAUGACAUCGGACAUCUCACUGAAUGCCAUAGACAGGUGCUGCAGAUGAGAGAGAAGAUCAACACCAGCUGUUACAAGUUCAAGAUUAAAGAUGGCUCUUUUAUAACUUUAAGAAGUCGCUGGUUCAGUUUCAUGAACCCUUGGACCAAAGAAGUAGAGUACAUUGUCUCGACUAAUACAGUCGUCUCAGACAGUUCUCUUGAUGGAGCAGAGCCUGGUUAUCUUCAGCUCACUGCCUCACUCCAGAGUAUGCACAGCGUCCUUACAGCUGGUGAUGGCUCAGGGAAGACUGUCCCUGGAAUCCCUGGAGGCACGAGACCCGGAGCAGGAAAGAUCGGCCGCAUGAUCGCUGAGGAAGUGAUGGAGAUACAAAGGAUAAGAGGCUCAUCCCCCUCUAGUUGUGGCUCAAGUCCCCUCAACAUCACCAACAGCACACCCCCUCCUGACACAUCCUCGCUGGAGGGCAGGAAGAUUUCAAAUGGUGGAACUCCAGACAUCCCUUCAGCAGGGAUGGUGUCGGCUCAGGACAACACAGGAUAUCCUUACUCUAACAGCUCGAUUCUAAGUGAUAACUCCCACAUCGGUAUCGGAGACCUCAUGGAUGAGCCGGGCUCCAGCAGUGAUGAGGCUGCCAUGGCGAUCAUCAUGAGCCUGCUGGAGGCGGAUGCAGGUCUGGGAGGUCCCGUGGACUUCAGUGACCUGCCCUGGCCGCUGUGAGACCGUCGCCCAUCAUGUGUACAAUCCAUCUCCAUCUUUUUGGUGACAUUGCAUUUGUUUUUGUCAGUGACUCAGGAAGCUGCACCCACAGCCAAUUCUUAUUGGUCCUCAACCUCAUUCCACAGCUUUAUAUUCAAAUGUGCCAAACAUAGACUUAAAAAAAAAAAAAAAAGAUGGAUGACACAUCUCCACUUUCCUCUACUAUGAAAAGUGAAGCCAAAACAUCCCAUUGUUGCCACUGUCAUCUUGCAAACACGACAUGAUUCUGAGACAGAUUUUGCAUAGUAGUGAUUCAUUUGGAGCCCGUGUUUGCACAGUACUGAUCGUGAGGUGGUAUCAAAGUUCCCCGCAAAUUCCCCCAGACCCAAUCACAGUCUCAUGCUCAUGACUCCAAACAUUUAAACAUAUUUUGGUGUGAUAAAAAAGAUCUGAAAUGAUAGAAACUAUCUUUGGGAAAAGUUGAUUUUAAGUAUAAUUUAAUUUCUUUUUUUUUUUUGGCUUAAGUCCCAUUCGUUUACAUUGGUUUACAUGGUUUGUGACCUCUACUGCAGCCACCCACCUUAACUUUUCAGAACGUGUGCGGCAAACUUGGUGUCAAAUAGAUGAUAUUGUCACCAUUUUACUUUAAUUGAGGACAAAAACUGGUUUAUAGGACCUGAUUGGGACACGAUCUUCAAUCGCACAGCAUCUUGCGACACACCAUUAUCAUUGCUUGUACAAUAACUAAGGAUAUCGUUUCAGUCUACAGAAUAGAGCACUUAAUGCCAAACAACUAAAUGUAACAAAUCCUGUUGAGCUUACAGAUUUAUAUAAAUAUCCACCACCUCAGCAUUUCUGAUCUUUUUUGUGCGUUUCUGCAUAUUUUUACUAAUCAAAUUUUGGUGAUCCAUGUGAAUUGUAGCCUGUUUCCUGUUCUUAGGUGACAGGAGGGGCACUCAGUGUGGUCUUCUGGUGCUGUAGCCCAUCUCCUUCAUGGUUCAUUAUGUUGUGCAUUCAGAGAUGUCAUUCUGCAUACCUCAUUUGCAAAAAAGUGGUCAUUUGAAUGACAGUUGCCUUUCAAUUAGCUCCAACCAGUCUGGCCAUUCUCCUCUGACAUCAACAAGGCAUUUUUGCCCACAGAACAGCCACUCGCUGUAUAUUUUCUCUUUUUUGGACCAUUUUCAAUAAUCCCUAGAGCAGGGAUAGGCAACUCCGGUCCUGGAGGGAGUUUAGCUCCAACCCUAAUUAAACACACCUGAACAAGGCAAUCAGUGUUUUCGGGAUUACUAGAUAGAUACAUGCAGGUGAGUUUAUAUGAGGGCUGAAGCUAAACUCUGCAGGAUAGUGGCCCUCCAGGCAGUUGCCUAUCCCUGCCCUAAAGAAUGCUGUGCAUGAAAAUCUAAGUAGAUCAGCAUUUUCUGAAAUUUUUAGAUCAGCAUCCAAACAAUGAAUUGGUUUAGACAUUACAUUCUCUGCAAACAUAUAAAAUAUGCAUAUAUUUCUUUACAUUAAGAUCUGCUUUUAAACUGAAUACCAAGUAUUCCUAAACUUGAUUGCAAAGUAAAAUAGCUCUAGCUCAUUGUAUUACAGUGUAUUUUGUUUCUCAGGUUCUCUGCAUCUAUUCUGUAACGGUACGAUUUUGAUCAUAUUUAAAUUUUUGCCAUCAACAAAACACCAAAAGCAACCAAAAAUUACUCUUCAUGUCAAACACUGUACAUUAUAUUAUAUACCUUUAUUAAUACAAUGAUUUUCAAGCAUUUGAACAGAUGGACCUUAAGCAGAUAAAUUAAUGUAGAUCCAAGAAAAACACACCAUUCGUUCACCAGACAAAUGGACCUCCUGAGGAGACACAAGAGUUCUGAGGAGAUCAAGGGGAGAGCUUUCCCAAAAAAAAAAAAAAAAAAAAAAAAAAAAAAAAAA